GCCCCCCGAGAGGGCGGCGGGCGCCCCCCGGGGAAGAUGAAGGCGGAGGGGGGCGACCACUCCAUGAUCAACCUGUCGGUGCAGCAGGUCCUCAGCCUCUGGGCCCACGGGACGGUGCUGAGGAACCUCACGGAGAUGUGGUACUGGAUCUUUCUCUGGGCUCUCUUCUCCUCCCUGUUUGUCCAUGGUGCUGCAGGAGUGUUGAUGUUUGUGAUGCUGCAGAGGCACAGGCACGGAAGAGUGAUCUCGGUCAUUGCGGUCAGCGUCGGCUUUCUGGCCUCUGUAACCGGAGCAAUGAUUACUAGUGCAGCGGUUGCGGGCAUCUAUAGAGUGGCGGGGAAGAACAUGGCCCCUUUGGAAGCACUGGUGUGGGGCGUCGGGCAGACUGUAUUGACAUUAAUCAUCUCCUUCUCAAGGAUCCUCGCUACACUUUGAGGUUUCUGAGGGAAUGUCUUAUUUCACACAAGAAAACGGAUGUACAGAUUUCCUGAAAAUGGCAUUGUUAGCAAGCGGAAAUGAAGUUGUGCAAGAACAAGGCCAGAGCAAGUCAAAGCCUAAGGAAGCCCUCACGCUGUAUGGAAAGACUGCCCUCUGGUGUUCAAGCGAUUGCACUACCGCCCUGCACCUUACGUGCCUCUGUUCCAGGCAAGGUGCACUGAGACCUACGUGAAGCUGCAAGAAAAAGCACCUUGUUUAGCUGCCAAUCAGGUUAACGUUGGUGUUCGGAUCAUCGUUCUUACCAGUGUUGUAUUGAGUUCCAGGGACGUUCUGAGACGAAUUGAUACAUGUGCCAAACUCUUCGCUUUUGUUCACGCUGAUCGUGUGACGAUUUGCAAGUGUAGCUGUAGAUGAGUGCUGUGAGCAUAGUUGACAUGAAUCCAGGUAAUGUAGUGAGACUGUUUUGUAAUGCUAAAUCCCGUCUGAGUGCUAAACCCUGAAUCAUAUCAUGUGAGAGAAAUUGCUUGGUUUUUAAUGUUGAGCAUCUCUGGGAUUUAGGGCAUUAGUAUGUUUAGGCAUUAUUGUUUUUUAACUUAUGUGAAAAAUAAUAGUCUUCUUAAUGGAAGACUAGCUAAACUGUUUUAAGGACUCAAAUUAGAUCUAUAGGGUGCGUACUUUUCACUAACAACACCCUUUUAAUAGUUUCCCUCAUGCAUAAAUACUGUUUAUAAGAAUUCAAAAAUGUUAUGUUUCACACAUACUGAUUGUCAUUUGUGUGUCAUAAAAUAUAAUUUGAAAUUUUUUUCUAGAUUUUGUAAGGGAAAAACGUCUGGAAUGCAUGUUACAUUCUUUGUCUCCUCUAAAGAAAGCUUUUGCCUUGUAUCUCAUGGAGAAACCAUCUUUAUAAUUAAUAUUAUAGUGGGGUUAUAUCGUACAUCUUGAUCUUUGACAAAACUUUUUCAUUCUGGAGUAUUAACUAUUUAAAGAGUGGCCUAAAUUAGGCUCUGGAAGUAAAAGGCUCCUUUUGUAGAUAAGUAACCAGUAAGCUAUAUAGGAAGGAUAAUAAGCUAUCUUACUGCAGCGUCAUGAUUCUGCUAAUCAUGGGGAAUAUAGUAAAUAAUUUAAAAAUUUGUCAGUCUCAGCAUAUCAGUGCAGCACAGAAUGUAUACUCAAGUGAUUCAGUUCGGUUGUUCAGUUCUUUUUUUUGGUACCAGGGAUCAAACUCAGGACCUUGCGCUUGCGAGGCAGGCGGCAGCACCACUGAGCUAAAUCCCCAGCCCUGUUCAGUUCUUGAUUUAUACUGUUCAGUUUUAAGUCUAUUUACUUUGAGAAGUUAUGAUUUAAGUUUAUUAGAAUCUUAUCACACUUACUAAAAAUGGAAAUGUCCUUUGUAUAAAACAUUUUAAGAAGUGUUGGUAGGUACAUAGUUUUCUAUAAAAAUACAAGAAGUAGGUAGAACACAGACCCUGGUCAAGUCGGUCUCCUCUGAGACAUUUUGGGCAUCAGUUGCAGAAGAGCCAUUGCCCAGAAGCUAAGAAAAUUCAAAAGAUAACCUAGCACCCUAGCCUUUUUGUUUGACCUGAUUUUAUUUUUUUAAGUAGAUUUCUUUUAGAUCUGGUGAAAUUUCAGACUUAAAUACUUUUUCUCCACCAAAGUGAAUAUAUAAACUUAGCUAGGAUUUGAGGAAGGGGUCCUUUUAGUCUCAAAGCCCAUUUUAGGGAUUUACUAACAUUGUGGCUUGGAAAUUUGUUUUAAAAAAUGAGCAACUGUGAGUUCAUAGAGAUCUUUAAGGUAAAUCUUAAACUUAAUUCUUUUAUGAUAUAAAAGCCUAUUAUUAUUUUCAUAUGUUGUUUAUAUUCCUGAUGUUUCCUCAAAUUAAAUUUAGACAUAACUUUUUCAAGUCAGUUAGAUUUCUCCUUUUCUGAUAGACUUGAAUUGUGUUCUUCCUUUACUUUGGCUGUUCUAUCAAUAAUUUAAAACAUUCAUGUUCUUCCAGAGAAAUUACUAAUAGCAUAUGGAAAUUGUUUCAGAUCUAUAGACUGAAUAUUUUAACAUAUGGUUAUUUUUUGAUUUGUGACAGUUACAUGGUAAGAUAAUAUAGAACAUAUGGUUCAUAAUCCAGAAAAUACCUUGGAUACAUUAACUAUAUGAAUUAUGGACCAAAGAGAUUUGAACUCUUAUUUUUCCUCUAGGAUGAAAGUAUGAUUGAGUGGUUAAUAAUUAGUUUGUAGAAUGCCCUGAAGUUAUGCCACUAUCAAGUUGAUUUACAUUAAGAAUUGAGUGUGUUGUAUACUUUAAUAUUUAGGGGGACAUUUUUGAUUUCUUUGCUGCUCUCAGUUAUUUCCAUUGAGAUCUAGUGCAUCUCUCACUGUUUUGAUGUUUGAAAUGUUGAAUAGUAUGAAUUUAUCAAUUGUCUUAAUAACUGUUUAUACACUGCAUUUCUAAAAGUAAAUGGUUUUCUUAUAGAGAUAAAUGUUUAAUGAUAUAUAUACACAGAUAUAUAUAUCAUUAUAUACAUAUAUAAAGAGCUAUAUAUGGAUACACUCCAAUUGGAAAGCUUUUGCUUAAUGAACACUUUGAUGUUCUAGUGAAUUUGUUACACUUGUUUGGUUGAAUGGUCUUUUAAGUAGAUUUGAAGAUGUUUGAGAUUUUUUUAAUCCCGGGAAAAUUUUUUUGGUGUAGUAGUGUGGGAGAUCCUUGUUUGGGACAUGACAAAAGCCCUUACUGACAUAAUUGGGCUACACUUUCUUAAAAUUUGUAUGUGAUUUAGCAGUACGUUUUCUUUGUGACAAGUGCAAAAAGGAAGUGAGAGAAUCCUCUGCAGUUGACACUUGCUUUAAAAUAUUUAUCAAAAUAUUUCUGAUAGUGAAAUCAGGUCCCCUAAGAAGGAACUCCUAGAUGCCCAAAGUUACCACAUAACAUCUGGUUAGAGAUGUCCAUAGAACAGAGUAGCCAAGGGGGCCUCAUGUAAGCUAUAGACAGUACUCAAAACCUUUAAAAGAAGGAAGUACAGCUAACCCACCCCAUGGCACAGUUCGGUUGGUUGCUGUGGAAAGUUCUGAAUCAUGGCAUAUUCAUUGCGUGCAGCUUGUUAUUUUAGAUCCUAAUGUUUACCAAGCAGUGUUAGAGUCUUACCCAAUAUGCUGUCUUAGGAUUUGCUAUAUACAUUUCACCUGCUACAUUUCCAAACCCUCAAGUGUUGUGUGUGUUCUUUAAAUGAGAGAAAGGAAAAAGAAUGAGUUGGCCUGUAUAUUUGCUAUUUGUGAUGUAGGAACAGGGAUAAUUACAAAAUCAAAGAAUGUUGUUGGAAAAGGUUCUCCGAGCCUCUAAAUAAGCCGAGGAAGGUGGAGUUUCCACUCUCUUGUGCCCAUGCCAGCACCCACCAUGCCAGCUAACUCAGUUUUGUAAACACUUCUUGCAGAUCUCAUGUGUGCAGAGUGCUAUACGAAAUGCUGUCUGUCAGAAUAAAUAUGGCUACAGUGGGAUUCCUGCCCUUGAUCGAGCCCACCAAGAGCUAGCAAAGCAAUUUCAGACCCUAAAAAGCUUGGGGCAGCAUUUCAGUUCAUGAUUUUGGUUAGCAGUUCAGAUUCUGUCCCCCACUCCCCUUCUGAUUUUCCCAAUAUGUCUACUAAAUGGAAUUUCACUAGCUGAGAUGCCGUUGCUGUGACACAGUGAAAACAUUAGACUCUAGAGGCAUAGGCUUGAAUCCAGGCUGUCACUCACCAACUUUUUGAUCCAAACACUCAUUAAACCUCUCUGAGCUUCAGUUCAUUUCUUGUGAAAGUAUUAACACUUUGUAUCAUUAUUAUAAGAAUUGUUUAUGAUGACAAAGCAAUAUGUAAUUAUGGUGAAUAAUUAGUCACCAGGAUAUUUUAAAAAUUAUAUUUCACCAUAGCAGUUGAUUCUGUUUUGUACAAUUCACUCUUCUUCCAUUUCCACAUUUUUCCUAUAUAUAUAUAUAUAUAUAUAUGAAAAAAACUAAAAAAGUUCUCUUGUAAUCUUACUUCCUUCACCUCUUCUCUACCCCUUUAUUUUUAAAAUCAGCAGAUACUUAUCUAAAAACACAUUGGGAAUUGGUAGGGUGGGAGUGGCCAGGACAAUCAGGAUUAAAUUAUGGCUUCCUGUUGCCAUUGGUCAUAGUAGAAAGAAUAGAAGUGGCCAGUAUUUACUCCUGUACCAUUUCCUACCUAUUUCCUAGGGAUUAGAUUCACUCAGAACAUUUCUUGACCCUCUGAUACAUGCAGAUUAUUCUCUUUGUUUUAGAGAUGGAAAAGUGGGUAAGAUACAGCCCUUUCUGCCCCACACACCCACCUUCCUCCUGCCAUCUUGGACGUCAGCCUCUGCAUUGCGCUGCCGAUUCUGUUAGAACACGGAGCUGGGCUUCAGUGUUUAUGUCCUUUCCGUGGACCGGGCCUGUUGUUGGCCCUGGUGGUUGUUGGUUGUUUUCUUUAACCCAAAAGGCAAUGCUUUUAUUUAAAAUAUAUAUCCAUUUUAUAAUUCAGGAAGUAACAGGAUGCCAAGAGCACUUUCUGAAGCAUUCACAGACAACUUCUCUCUUGCUAAAAUUUUUCUCCCAGCAAGCCUCAAACAGAAUCUCUUCAAACCUAGUUUUUAGGAUCUGAGGAACAUGAAAAGUUACUGAAGAAAUUAGUAUUAGAUUUAGAUUGCAGAGAAUUUGGUGUAUAUGUUGGGUAACUGGGUAAAUUACUGUUUCUUUUAAUAAUCAGGAGUGAGACUCUCAGUGACUAAAAUUGACUAGUAAUCAAAUGGUCUGGUAAUCUCCCUUCAUGUCCCAUCCUUUAAAACUCGUCAAGAUAGAAGGGACAUCAUUUGAUUAAAAUUUUUAACAUUUUUCAAAUGUGGUAGCGUUUUGUAGCUGAGGGAAGUUUAAAGACAGGAAGAAAUGUUGGAGGUCUGAUGGGUACGUGAAGCACCUUGCCCUGUGAGCACACAGCUCCCCUUUCUGCUGAGACUCUGACUACACAGUAUGACUGUGCGUCCUGCAUGUUUACGUAGUGCUGUGUUCCUUCCGUGUGCGUGCCCCUAACCACAGUGUAUUUGAAGUUCUGCUACGUGUGUAUUUGUGUGUGUGUGUGUGUGUGAUUAUAGUUUUGCCCUUGUAAUUUGAGCAUCUCUGUUCUGUUACAGAAAAUGCACUGUUAUUAAAGUUGCAGAAUUACUUAUCUCAAAAUAUAGCUGUGAAUUUGGGGGAAAUAGUACUUAAUAUAUUAAAUAGUUUCACUAAAUGUGGAGAUGUACUGAUGAAUUCUUUAUUAAAUUAAUAUCACCACUCAAAUUUCUGAGAGCCUAGCUAUAAAAGUAAUCAUCUCCCUCUGAAUUUAGGGGAUUCACUUUCAUACUCUUCACAUGCAUUGCACAUAUGUUGAACUUGCAUAAUAACCCUUCCUUGAUUUUAAGAACUAAUUUGACAGUUUUUUAAAAGUCCUUCCUCCUUUUUCUAAACAGAUGUCCUACAUUAUAGUUUAAACAUGCACAGUGUUUUGAUAGAAGCUGGAAUGCUGAUACAGAAGAUAAUUUUCAACACCAAUGGUUAUGCAGCCAUUAUCUUUUUGAAAAAUAAAUAGCUAUAGGCAAGUCAGGAUAGCAUGCAGCUCUUAUGUUUCAUUUUGGAUUGUCUCCUGUACCAGUACGAAGUGUAUAAACCAUGAGUAGUAACGUGACUGUCUUAUUUUGGGAAAUGUCUUUAGGUUUAUAACUGAAACUGGAAAGCAGUAUGUCACAGAUGUAUGGAAAGAGAGACUAAAAUGCAUAAUUAUCUGAAUCUCAUGACCAUAACUUUUUUUCCUGAAUACAAAUUGGUGAUUACUAAAAGUCAUUACCUGUUUUAGAACCCUGUUUCAAUGAAUAUUAGCUUGAAAGUACUAUUGAUGAUGAAAAGCUUUUUUUAAAAAAAAAUUAAAGUAUAUAGAUUUCAUCGAGUAUCUUGGGGAUGAGACAUUUUAAAGUUUUUCCAUAGAAAGCAAAUAGAGGUACUUGUUUGAGUACAUAUAAAAAUAGUUUACUUUCAGUAGUGGGUGAGUUGAUAAGCUAAUUGUUGACAUUUUCUUAGUGUUGUAAUAUGGAGUGCAUUUACCAUGGAGGAAUUCAAAACAUUAUGGGUCUCUCCCCAACAUGCCCACAUACCUUCACACAGGGGCUCUGCAUGUUUAGACGAACAAAUAUGAAAUUCCACAGUAUUUUUCGUUUAAAUUUACAACUUGUUAAAAUUCAUAUGAUUUCUACCAUAAGUAUUAGCCCUUGACUCUAGUCUUUCUGGGAGCAACUUCAUCUUAAAGUUGACUAGCUAAUAAAAUGUCUUCACUGAAGUACCAACAAUAUAGUUUACCUGGUAGGCAUUAGAAGACCAUUGAUGAGUCAGUUAAAUCACAGUACCAGUUUUAAAAGCUAAAUGAUGCCUUAGUGCCUUGGAAGUUAAAAUACUUUUGCCAAGUGGUUUAGCAAAAGUCAGAAUUGGCGCCAAUGAGGUGUCUGUGUUCACAUCACUUGUGACUGGAGACCCAGAGUUAUGAAGGGUGUCAUGGAAACACGUCCUGGCUACUAACUCCUUACGGUUCACUCUAAAUCAGCUACUUAGCCAUCAGCUAGGACAGAUGACAACUACUUUCAUUAUGUUCUCAUGAUGUGGCAUUUUCCUCUCUUUUUUAAAAUUUUUCCAACAAAGUAUGAAACAGAGAAAAAUGUAGUCAACCAUUUAGAUUUUUAGUUUUGUUGUAAACUAGAGAUCCUAGUGUGAACUGUGUUAGUUUUAUAUUUUAGUAUGGGGCAGACACUUUAGAAAUAUGUUUAUCAUCAGGGAUUUAUUUUUACUAUAGAAAUAUUAAAUGUACUGUGAAGCUUAAAGACAAGAAUAAGCAUUGGAGGGGUAAUACAGAAAAACAAAAGCAUAUUUGAUGAAGUACCCUGCAUUAUGUGAACACAGUUUCCCCCUCUGUUAAGACUAUAAACUACACUGUAUGAGUAUGUGUACUGCAUGUUUACAUAAUAGUUUAACUUUGAAGGAUUAUUUAAAAAAACUUUAUAUAUAAUACCUAACAAACUGUAAAUAUUGUAUACUAUUGAUUUUUAAUUUUAUAUAAGCAAUUUUUUAUUUCCCGAUUCAUGUACAAAUCUCAUUGUGUAUAUAGCAUACUUUCCCGGAGAACAUUUUGCAGUGAAUUUGAAGUAUUUUAAUUGCAGUAUCAGGUUAGCCUUAGAAAUGUUGAUCUUCAUUUAAAUUAUUUUUCACCACUCGUUUUCUUCACAGGGCAGCAAUAACGUAUGCAAGUUAUUUUUGAUUAUGAAAAAGUUGGUCUAACGGGACAAGAUUUGGGUUUCAAUUUCAUUACUUUAAAGAAAAGAUGCACAAUUAAUAUCAUCCGCUGUCUGAUCACGGACCACUUCUAAGGUCCACGUGCGGCUCUCCUCUUUGUAAUGUACAGGGUGAACUCUGUUGAUAACACACAAAACAUCUGUUAAAAGUGAAUCCAGCACUUCAAUGUCAUUACACAGAAUUUAUUGGAUUAAAAAUUUGUAAUAUACAGUAUUUUAAUAAAGUUUCUGUAUUCAAUUUCAUGCACUUAUAUAUAAAUAAACCUGUCUUUAAAAGCUUUA